AUGAGAUUGCAGUCAUGUUCUUCUCCAACUAAUGUGGACGAGGUAAGAAAAUUUGGUGACAGGAUACUGAAGGUUGGUAAUGGGGAUGUUAGGGAACAAAAUGAUAGAGAAGCUUCGUUAGAGAUUCCCGAGGACAUGCUGAUUGGUGAUUCAGAAGAUUCAUUCAGAGACCUACUGAACUUCGUUUAUCCCAAUUUUUUGAGUAACAUGUAUAAUCCAGACUAUUUUCAAGGGAGGGCAAUUCUUGCAGCAACUAAUGAAUACGUCGAGUCUGUGAACGAUUACUUUAUGUCUCUCCUUCCAGAUGAGGAGAAGGUCUACUUGAGCUCAUAUAACAUGUAUUUUCAGUUGAAAAUAUGCCACCCCGUGCAUCGCACGGGUGAAUACUAG